AGGGGCCGGCCCGGCCUGCCCGACUCCUGCGCCUGAGGAGAACCCCAGCAGCCGCGGGAGCCGCCAAGGGGUAAUAACAAUGGACAACAUAUUGUCACAACUGAAGCAGCUAACUCCUGAUGAACUCAGAGAAGAAAUUGUCAAGGCUGGACAGAAAUGUGGGCCUAUUACACUAACCACUAGGUCAGUUUUUGAAAAAAGGUUGGCCCAAUCACUAUGGGAAGAGCAAGGAGAAGCCUCUGUUUCAAAUGGUGUACCUGCAGCAUCUGAUAAUAGCCAGUUAGAAACAAGCAAACCUCCAGUGAAUCAAAAUGGUCAUGUAAGCUCCUCAGAAGAUGCUGAUUUUGGGUACAGUAUGGGUUUGAACCCACCAGAAGAGGAAGCCCUAAUGCACAAGAUGGGUCCUGGAUCCAUUCGUGAAGCAACAGGAAUGGCUUCUCCAACAAGUUCGCAGAUUCUUUCUAAGGAACCCCAACAAUACUAUGGAGUAUGUCCAGUUUAUGAUGAUAUAUUGGCAAGAAAUGAGAAAGUGCAUGUGUAUGAUGAUAAAAAGGAAGCUUUGCAAGCUGUUAAAAUGAUAAAAGGCUCACGGUUUAAAGCUUUCUCAAACAGGGAAGAUGCAGAGAAAUUUGCUAAAGGAAUAUGUGAUUAUUUCCCAUCUCCAACCAAGUCCUCUUUAUCCUUGUCUCCUGUGAAGGUUUGCCCCGUUUUUAACAAAGAUGGGUUAUGCUCUCCUGAGAUGGAAACAGUUAGUAAAGAGAGAGCCAACAGUUUUAAAAGUCCCCGUACGCAGGAUCUUACUGCCAAACUUCGGAAAGCUGUUGAAAAAGGAGAUGAAACUGCAUUCUUGGAACUUAUCUGGAGUAAUCCUCGCUAUCUCAUUGGUUCUGGUGACAACCCAACAAUUGUCCAGGAAGGCUGCAGAUACAAUGUCAUGCAUGUGGCAGCCAAGGAGAAUCAGCCUGGUAUCUGCCGGUUGCUGCUGGACACUUUGGAAAAUCCUGAAUUUAUGCGGACGAUGUACCCGGAUGAUGAUAUGAUCAUGUUACAGAAACGUAUCAAAUACAUUGUCGAUCUCUAUCUUAAUACACCCGACAAAGUGGGUUUUGACACACCUUUGCAUUUUGCUUGCAAGUUUGGGAGCCUAGAGGUGGUUAGUGUGCUUACCUCGCACCCAGAUAUUGAAAAGCACCCGAAGAACAAGUAUGAACAAAUGCCAGCAGACGUAAUUUGCGAGAGGAGCAAAAAUAAACCUGCGGAACUGAAAGAGAAAAUCAGGGAAUACUUGAAAGGUCAGUAUUAUGUGCCGCUCUUUCGAGCAGAAGAUAACGCCUCAGCACCUGUGAUUGGAGCACCUUGGUCACCUGACCAGACAGAGGACAGCCCAAGUGCUUCUUUACCCAGAUAUGUUGGCAGCCCUAAAGAUCCUGUGUUAACAGUGAGGGCUUAUGCUGGCCCAAUGAGCCCCUCCAAGGCAGAAGACUUUCGCAGGCUUUGGAAGACUCCGCCUCGAGAGAGAGCAGGAUUUUUUCACAAUCUUCGGAAAUCUGAUCUGGAAAGAGGGAUUGAAAGAGUUGGAAGGGAGUUAGCUCAUGAACUGGGGUUCCCGUGGGUUGAAUACUGGGAAUUUCUGGGCUGUUUUGUUGAUCUGUCUUCCCAGGAGGGGUUAAGAACUCUAGAAGAAUACCUGAACCAACGGGAAAUGAGCGAUAAAGCUCAGCAGGAAACGGGGGAGAAUGAAACCCACAACAGGCACAAAACUACCCAACUUUCUGGCAAAGGUAAAAAAAGCUGCAACUCCAUUUCUGUUGGAGCUUUUUUAGACGACGAUGACAUGAGCUUGGAAGAAGUGAAGAACCGGCAGAAUGCAGCUCGGAAUUACAGCCGGGCAAACGUGUCCAGCGAACCAACAAUCACUGACGUUGGUGGUUCGGAGCGUGACAUCCUCUCCAUUGCACACACGGGAGGGAUAAUACCAACGGCAGAUGUCUCCAACGGGCACUAUGAGAACGGGGGUCCGGCCAGUAAAAACGGAUGCUGUAGCCCUGCAACGAGCGAUAGGACAGUAAGCGCUCACAGGAGGCAUUCCAGUCGAGGGGCAGAAGAGCGCCUUCUGUUGCCCGUCUCUAAUUUAUUGGAAGAAUUUGAUAAGCUGGCUUGUCAGGACCAGACAGUGGGAGACGAAUGUUCAACAGGGAAGACAAGACAAGCCGUUACAGAAAGCGAGAACGAGAGAUUUCAGAAGGAAAGUACGAGGCAGCCUAGGAAACACAGGGACCACCCGAGUAAGAUGGGUGCCGUUGCUGGAAGGACGGAGGAUACAAAGGUAAGGACAGGAGAGAAGACGCCGCUAGAUGGAAGACCGUCAGCAGAAAUCGAUGUCUGGAGCACAGAGACAAAGCAGCUUUGCGAUUCUGAACUGGAACCUGAGAUGUCUGUAGGAAGCCUCUCAAGGACUCCACCCUCAGCUGAAAGAACCAAGAAGCUGUUUCUCUUAGGUGAGAAGCCAUCCAAGUUGGACAACGAUGUGUUAACAGCUCUACAUGGAGUAGAGAUUGACCCACAAAGAUACCCCACUAUUUACAAGUGGACCAUUUCCAUACAGUCCUACUCUCCUUCUGACCGGCAAAGUUGGUCAACUCCAGCACUGAAAAGUUGCUUCAAACGACAAACGGCUCCAAGCCCAUCUGGCGGUCCACUACAUUGUAGCCCAGGAAGGAACUCUCUGGUAUUCAGUAGCCCUGGCAAGUACAGCACAGCCGCUGCCAAUUUUUCUCCUGAAUUUGUGAGCCCUGGAAGGUACAGCCCAGCAUACGUGAACCACAUUCUGUUAUCCAAACUGCAUCACUUUUCAGGAGCACCAACUCAUUAGAAUAGGACUCUUUUUA